AUGGGACAGUUUUGCGCUGGCAUCCUCAUAAAGCCGUGGGAGUCGAGAUGCCGGCUCUCCAGGACCGACACGUUCAGGCGAUCAGGUCACCAUGCAGACAGCAGCUGCCACGCCCCAACUCCAACCUCCAACCACGCACCUCCAACCUCCAACCACGCAACUCCAACCUCCAACCACGCACCUCCAACCUCCAACCACGCACCUCCAACCUCCAACCACGCAACUCCAACCUCCAACCACGCACCUCCAACCUCCAACCACGCAACUCCAACUUCCAACCACGCAACUCCAACCUCCAACCACACACCUCCAACCACGCACCUCCAACCACGCAACUCCAACCACGCACCUCCAACUUCCAACCACGCAACUCCAACCUCCAACCACACACCUGCAACCACGCACCUCCAACCACGCACCUCCAACCACGCAACUCCAACCACGCACCUCCAACUUCCAACCACGCAACUCCAACCUCCAACCACACACCUCCAACCACGCACCUCCAACCACGCACCUCCAACCACGCACCUCCAACCCCGCGCCUCUAACUAUGCACCUCCAACCUCCAACCUCGCACCUCCAACCACGCACCUCCAACCACGCACCUCUAACUAUGCACCUCCAACCUCCAACCACGCACCUCCAACCUCGCAACUCCAACCUCCAACCUCUAAAUUCCAACCACGCAAUUCCAACCUCAAAACUCUAACCUCCAACCUUGCACCUCCAACCUCGCACUUCCAACCGCGCACCUCCAACCUCGCACUUCCAACCUCGCACUUCCAACCUAGCACCUCCAACCACUCAACUCCAACCACGCACCUCCAACCUCCAACCACGCAACUCCAACCUUGCACCUGCAACCUUGCACCUCCAACCACGCAGCUCCAACCUCCAACCACGCACCUCCAACCAUGCACCUCCAACCACGCACCUCCAACCUUGUACCUCCAACCUCGCAACUCCAACCUCCAACCUCAAUCCUCCAACCUCUAA